AUUGUGUUGAAAUAGCCCGCCGAGUUCUUCUCCCCGCGAAAGCGGAUUUCGUGUUCUCGGUUGUUCCAGACAAGCCUUCAAAACAAGCCUUUUUGCCAACCGCUCCAAGCUCCAACCUUUUCCACGAUCCACCAAGAGCCUCUUUAUCUCGAAUCUCUUUUUGUCCCCUUUUGGAGCCAGCGCUCCACCAAUUUUUUGAAUCAUCUUGGAAAAAACCCUUUCCACUAAAAAAAAAAAAAUACCAACAACCAUGCCUCUCUUCUCACGCCACCCCGAGCCCGCCAGGGAGGAGGUCCCUCCCCCGCCGCCCCCGGCCGAGGAGCCCCGGCGCGGGCUGUUUGGGCGCUCCAGAAAGGGCUCCGCCACCCCCGGCAACCGGUCACCGCCGCCGCCCGCGGGCGCGGCGGUAACGCGGCGGCGGUCAACCGACAUGAGCGGAAGCAGCAGCGCCAGCUCCAGCGACGGCGGCUCCAACCCCAACGGGCGGCGGCGGCGGUCGCUGCUGCAGCGAACCUUUGGCAACGGGUCGUCGUUGUCCUCCUCUUCGUCAGCAGCAGCAGCAGUCGCGGACCCGUCGAUCCUGGCGGCGCGCGAGCGCGUCAUGAGCGCCGAGCGGGCCGAGCGCGAGGCCGACCGGGCCAUGGAGGUGGCGCGGCGCGAGGUGGCCGAGGCCAGGGGCGAGGUGCGCCGGCUCGAGGCGGAGCUGCGCGAGGAGGCGCGCCUGGCAAAGAUCAAGGCCGGGCACGCGCGCGAGGUGUCGCGGCGGGCCAAGCCGCUCGGGCGUAACCACGGGUUCUAAUCGGGUGAGGGCCGGGGUGUAGGAUAUGGUUUCUUUUUGCGCGUGUCAACCUCGCGAUCUGUGAUUUUGCCUGCUGUAAUUGCUUUCGCGGUUCGUCUCUUGUAGCGUUUGAUCGUGUUUAGUAUGGUGUGUGUAUACGUAACCUUGCCUUAUCCGUGCGACAAUGUAUAAUUACCAAGACCAUAAGGUCCAUAUUCUAUUCAAGUCAAGUGCAGGUAUCUAAA